CACACGUGCGAGGGAGAAGGUUCGGCAGAGCGGAAGACUGCAUUUUGCAAGAACCUGCAUCUUCUGAGCUCCUCGGGGGAUGUUGAAAGAGGCUGGUCCUGCAAACCUAGCAAGGAUGGAAGGGGGAAGAUGGACGGUUGACCUGGUCAGGCUGUCUCCUACCACCUUCAAAUGUUCCCUCCCAGGACCCUCAGAGAGAUCUGCAGUUUCUGCAAGAGCAGUUCUGGGCAGAAGAGGUUAAAAAAAAAAGGAGGAACAAGCAACUUCAAUACUCUUGAGCGCCCUCUCCCACUUUGUGGAGCCCGACUGGCCCUCUGGCAUACUCCAAGCUGGGAGACUGAAGGAGAUGUUGAAUGGAUGCUGGCAGAAGGAGAACAAUCAGAAGUGUCACCAAAAGGAUCCAAAGAGGAGGAGGAGCAGCGGAAGUUGGGGGCACAAGAUGGAGGCAGCAGGCAAGAGGGGAGACAAAAGCAGAAGCCGGAGGGUGACUCUGCUCAGGGUGGUGACAAUCAAAUUCACAGAGAGGAGAAAAAGCAUGAAUGCACCGUGUGUGGAAAGAAAUUGGGUAGUCGCUCAACUCUUACCUUACAUCAUAGAGUACACACAGGGGAGAAACCGUAUACAUGUUCCGAGUGUGGAAAGAACUUCACUCAAAGAGUUACGCUAAUCUCGCAUCAAAUAAUUCAUACAGGGGAGAAACCGUAUACAUGUUCAGAGUGUGGAAAGAGCUUCAGUCAGCGUAGCGGCCUUACAUCGCAUCAACAAACUCAUACAGGGGACAAACCUUGUAAAUGUUUGGAGUGUGGAAAGAGUUUCAGUCGGAGUAAUUCCCUUAUUUUGCAUCAAAGAACUCAUACAGGAGAGAAACCGUAUAAAUGUUCAGUGUGUGGAAAGAGCUUCAGUCACACUGGUAGCCUUACCAAGCAUCAAAGAACUCAUACAGGGGAGAAACCAUAUACAUGUUCAGAGUGUGGAAAGAACUUCACUCAAAGAGGUACCCUAACCUCGCAUCAAAGAUCGCAUACAGGGGAGAAACCGUAUACAUGUUCAGAGUGUGGAAUGAGCUUCAGUCAGAGUAGCCACCAUAAGUCACACCAACGGAUUCAUACAGGGGAGAAACCGCAUACAUGUUCCGAGUGUGGAAAGAGCUUCACUCGCAGCAAUGCACUUACUAGACACCAACAAACUCAUCGAGGCAGCAAACCUUAUCAAUGCUGGGAAUGUGGCAAGAGCUUCCGUCGCUCUGACACCCUUUCCUCGCAUCAAAGAAUUCAUAUCGGGGAGAAACGAUAUACAUGUUUGGAGUGUGGAAAGAGCUUCAGCCACAGUUGCAGCCUUACCUUGCAUCAAAGACUGCACACAGGAGAGAAACCUUAUAAAUGCUUGGAGUGUGGCAAGAGCUUCUGUCGCGGUAGCCAACUCACAUUGCAUCAAAGAACUCAUACAGGAGAGAAACCGUAUACAUGUUCGGAGUGUGGAAAGAGCUUCAGCCGCAGUAACUCCCUUACCUUGCAUCAAAGAUUGCACACAGGAGAGAAACCGUAUAAAUGUUUGGAGUGUGGAAAAAGCUUCAGUUGUGGUGGCUCCCUUAAGUCGCAUCAAAGAACUCAUACAGGAGAGAAACCGUAUACAUGUUUGGAGUGUGGAAAAAGAUUCCGUUUCAGUAAUAGCCUUGCUAUACACCGAAGAACUCAUACAGGGAGGAAAUCUUAGAAAUGUUUGGCGUAUGGAAAGAACUUCAGUGAGAGAGGCUCCCUUACUAAAGAGUAAAGCACUUGUAUAAGGGAAACAUCUUAGAAAGGGUUGGAGUGUGGGAAGAUCUUUAAUCAUAUCAAAUAACUCCUACAGAGAGUAAGCCAAUGAUUGUGUUCAGAAUUAGAAUUUGCUUCCAUUACAAUUUUUAUUUCCUUUAGUGGCUGUGUUGCAAAUUGUUCUCCUGAUCAGAGUUAGAUUUACAUAGCUGUGCUCUAUUUUCUUUCCCAUGCAUUAUUUCUCAUGUAUUCAUCACUUGUAUAUAGCGGAGCUUGAAUAUUUAUCCCAUCCCAAAGAUUUGUUAAUCUGAUGUGAAUUGUCAUAGACACAAAUGCAUUCGCUGGUAUUCUAUUGACAUAUGUAAGGUAGAUCUUUGCAAUGAGAGUAUAGCGCAGGCAUCCCCAAACUCGGCCCUCCAGAUGUUUUGGAACUACAUUUCCCAUCAUCCCUGACCACUGGUCACUGUUACCUACUGAUGAUGGGAGUUGUAGUCCCAGAACAUCUGGAGGGCUGAGUUUGGGGAUGCCUGGUAUAGCCCCUCAGAUCACACGUCUAAUGAACAAAUGCUGUUUAAAAACAUAUACUGUAUAAUAAGCCUCUUAGCACGCUUCUCCCUUGCAUUCUGAGUUCGAGUGUCUUCACAUGACACCUUUGGUCAAGAGAGAAAUUAGAACAGUAUAGAAGAUGCAGUGAUUUUCCAGCCUGUGUCUAGAGUGUCAAUAGGUCACUGUUUCAGGAUGUGUUUUUCUUCACCUUCAUCUGCCUAGGAGGCCUUUCAAUUUUUUGUCUCUGAAAUAUCCAGGCAGUGGCUGGUUCCUGAUGGGAUGUACGGUAUUUGUGCUGUGUGUUUUCCGCCCAGCUCUCCCCUCCAUUAGUAUUUCCCAUCCCCCCCCCCCAGCAAUGCAUUCUGGAAAUGUCAAGUCCACUAUGCAGCUAUGUGCAGGUAUUUGUUUAUCUGAAGAGCAGUCAAACAUUUAAAAAUACAUGUGUGUUAGGGAGACAGUUUCCCUGUUGCAUACUCUAGUGAAAGGCAAUAUUUCAGAACUGAACUCUGCUGAUCAAAUACCUGAUGGCGCAGGUAAUAGUCCAGCAAACUUAACCCAUCUUCUCCAAUGGAUGCAUGUUACUCAUGCCUAGAGAUGCAUUGAUGAGGCAAGAAAAGACUGUCAAAAAAGCUCAAAAGACUCUAAAGGACUAUUUUGAGCUAAAUUUGAGUAUAGAGACUGAGAUGAGGACAAUAGAGAAGAAACAACAAAAACAACAAUUAGAAAGAAACAACAAAAUGAUAAGAAAGAGAAAUUUUUGUUACAAUUGAAGGAAACAGAAAAGAAAUUGAGAUGUAAACCCAAGGAUAAACAAGUUCAAAAAGAAAUUAAGUGUUUACAAGUACAGUUUACCCAAAUAAUAAAUUCGGAAAUUGAAUGGAAGAUAAAAAUGAUGAAUCAAAGGAAUUUCGAAUCUGCCAAUAAAUGUGGAAAAUUACUAGCAUGGCAGUUGAAGAAAAGACACAAACCGAAUACGAUUACCACCAUCAAGACAGAAGAUAAAGUUAUUGAGAACCCGACUGAGAUAAGGAAAUGUUUUCAGAAAUAUUAUAAAAAGCUUUAUAAGAAAGACAAGGAACAACAGGAUAAAAUUGAGCAAUACCUGGAUAAGCAUGGAUUGCAAAAGAUUCCAACGGAUAAGAGAUCUACACUCAAUUAUAAAGUCACAAAACAAGAAGUGGAAGAAGCUAUAAAUCAAUUAAAAAUCGGCAAGGCACCAGGACCGGAUGGACUGACAGUGAAAUAUUACAAGAUUUUAAAGGACUGGUUAAUCGAACCAUUAGUGGAUGUAUGUAACAAGAUUCUUAGAGGGGUCAAAGCACCCGAGACCUGGAAAGAAGCAUAUGUAACCCUGAUACCAAAACCUGAUAUGGAUAGAGCACAGAUGAAGAAUUAUCGCCCAAUCUCUCUUCUAAAUGUGGAUUAUAAAAUUUUAGCAAGUAUUUUGGCCUCAAGAUUAAAAAAGGGUUAAAAGAUCAAAUUCAUAAAGACCAGGCGGGGUUUUUACCCGCUAGACAUAUGAAGAAUAAUAUUAGAAAUAUUGUGGAUGUAUUAGAAAUGUUAGAAGCAAAAAAGAAUACCAGUGCAGCGAUAAUUUUUAUGGACGCUGAGAAGGCAUUUGAUAACGUUUCUUGGAAUUUUAUGAUAAAUUUUUUAGAAAAGAUGGAGGUUGGACAAGGGUUUAUAAAUGGAAUAAUUGCUAUCUACUCAGAACAAAAAGCGAAAAUUAUUGUGAAUAAUGUGGUAUCAGGAGAUAUUAGAAUUGAAAAAGGUACUAGGCAAGGGUGCCCACAUUCCCCUCUACUAUUUAUAAUGGUUCUGGAAGUUUUGCUGAAUAAAAUUAGAAAGGACAAUGAGGUUAAAGGGAUAGGAGGGGGAUCAAAACAGUAUAAAUUAAAAGCCUUCGCUGACCAUUUAGUAUUGACUUUACAAGAACCUGAGACCAGUGCAGUUAAGGCACUGGAAAUAAUCCAGGAGUUCGGACAGCUUGCAGGGUUUAAAUUGAACAAAGCGAAAACCAAAGUAUUGAGUAAGAAUAUAGCACCAGAAGAAGUUAAAAGGUUGCAAGAGGCCACAGGGUUGACAUUCGUUAAAAAGGUGAGAUACCUGGGAGUAAAUAUGACUGGAAAAAAUAUAGACUUGUUUAAAAAUAAUUACGGUAUAAGAAAUUCUGGAAUGAAAUUAAAAGAGAUUUAGAUAUGUGACCUAAUUUGAAAUUAUCCUUGAUGGGCCGAAUUUCAGUGAUAAAAACGAAUGUAUUGCCAAAAAUGUUGUUUUUGUUUCAAGCAUUACCUAUUGUGGACAAGCUAGGAUGUUUUAAAGAAUGGCAGAAAGUUUUAUCAAGAUUUAUCUGGAAGGGGGGAAAGCCUAGAAUUAAAUAUAAAUUGUUAACAGAUGCGAAAGAAAGAGGAGGUUUCUCACUGCCAGAUUUAAAGUUAUACUUUGAAGCCGCAGCGUUUUGUUGGAUGAAAGAAUGGUUCCUGCUUGAUAACACUGAUGUUUUAGACCUAGAAGGGUAUGAUAAUGCAUUUGGAUGGCAUGCAUAUUUGUGGUAUGAUAACAUUAAGGUUUUUAAUAAGACAAAGGUUUUUAAUGUCAUAUUAUAAGAAAAUCACUGUUUAAUGUUUGGGAUAGAUAUAAAGAUUUGUUAGAAAUAAUAAAUAUUGGAAAUGUAAGAAUGUGGAAGGAACCUUUUACCAUAUGUGGUGGACAUGCCCCAAGUAAAGAGCUUCUGGGAUAAGAUUUAUAAUGAAUUGAAGUGUUGAAAAGCACGUUUGUUAAGAAACCAGAAGCUUUUUUACUUGGGAUAAUUAGAAAGGAAUUACCCAAGAAAGAUAUUACGUUUUUUUCUGUAUGCCACAACAGCAGCUAGAAUUGUAUUAGCAAGGAAUUGGAAAACUGAAGAUAUACCCACGGUGGACGACUGGCAGAUGAAGCUGAUAGAAUUCAUGGAACUGUCCGAGCUGACUGGGAGACUCCGGGACCAGGGGGAAGAAUCGGUGGAAGAAGAUUGGAAUAAAUUUAAAGUUUAUUUAGAAAAGAAUUGUAAGAUUAGUAGUUUUUAGCUAAAGAUUUGGAAGUAAAAGGAGGUUGUAGAAGAGUGUUAGUUAAGUUUAUUAUGUACUAGCUGACCCGGCCACGUGUUGCUGUGGUUCUUUCCUGUGAUUCCCCACCCACCCUGUCCUGAUCCAUGACGUAUCCUGCCCCUCCUCCCUCCACCCCGGCUCAUCCCUGUGUUUCAGUAGGAUACCCUUUCCUCUAUUGUCCCUGGGGAGUGUUGGCCCCUCCCCC